GAUUGCAAACAUGGCGGAGCCCUCCCUCGGGAAUUCGAGCCCAGGAGGUUCAGCAGGUUCCGAUGACCAUGAUUUCGACCCAUCAGCAGACAUGCUCGUCCAUGACUUUGAUGACGAACGCACCCUGGAGGAAGAAGAGAUGAUGGAGGCAUCAGAUGAGACCAACGCUAACGAGAUUGAAGAUCUUGCACGGGAGGGAGAGAUGCCCAUUCAUGAGCUGCUGAGCCUGUACGGUUAUGGCGGCGGUUCACCAGCAGAUGAAGAAGAAGAAGAAGAAGAGGAGGAGGAGGAAGAGGAGGAGGAGGAGGAGGAAGAAGAAGAACCCGAGCCGGAAGAGGAUGAUGAGGAAGAGGAUGAGGAAGAAGACCUGGACAAUGAUGAGAGCAGUAGAAGCACUGGAGAGUUAAAAAGAAAUGAGGGUGAGGGUGUUAAGAUCACGUCAGGACAGGAAGACGAGGCUCAGGCAGCCUCUGAAGUCCGCACGCGCUCAGUCAGGUCCCUCGGCACGGCAGAACUCAUCCGCUCCCAGAAACUCAAGUACUUUGAAAGUAAUAAUGAUGCGGAGGAAGAGUCAGAUGAAGAUGAGGACUAUGUUCCAUCUGAAGACUGGAAAAAGGAGAUCAUGGUGGGCUCUAUGUAUCAGGCAGAAACUCCUGUCGGCUUGUGUAAAUAUAAAGAAAAUGAAAAAGUUUAUGAAAACGAUGACCAGUUGUUGUGGAACCCCGAGUGUCUUCCUGAAGGCAAAGUGGUGGAGUUCCUGACGGAGGCGUCGAGGCGGACUGGAGAGGAGAAGGGAGUGGAAGCAAUCCCAGAGGGAUCUCAUAUCAAAGACAAUGAACAGGCAUUGUAUGAACUAGUGAAAUGUGACUUUGACACAGAGGAAGCUUUAAGAAGACUAAGGUUUAAUGUAAAAGCAGCGAGAGAGGAGUUAUCAGUCUGGACUGAAGAGGAAUGUAGAAAUUUUGAACAAGGACUAAAAGCUUAUGGGAAAGACUUUCAUUUAAUACAGGCCAACAAGGUGAGAACUAGGUCUGUAGGAGAAUGUGUGGCCUUUUAUUACAUGUGGAAGAAGUCUGAGCGUUAUGAUUUCUUUGCACAGCAAACCAGACUUGGGAAAAGGAAAUACAACCUUCACCCUGGUGUCACAGACUACAUGGACAGAUUACUGGACGAGACGGAAAGCGCGACGUCCAGCAGGGCGACAUCGCCGCCUCCCACCACGUCCAGCAGCAGCGCCAGCCACUCGGAGAGGGAAGACAGCAGCAGCCAGAACGGUAUCGGAACACACAACUCCAGCCACCCAGUGGAUGGCCCUCAGCUGCCGCCAGUGAAUCAAGUCAAACCUGAGUCCGUUCAGUCCAACGGUCCAUCCCAUCCGCCAGCAGAAGCUCCGCCUCCUCCCAUUUCAGACAACAACUCCAACGGCUGCAGCCAACCCAUCGCGCCCAGCCACGACCAAAACGGUUCUCUGGAGCCUCCGCUGGACCACAGAGACACGACAGCACACGAGAGGCCGGCCAAGAGGUGCCGGGCGGAGGCGGAGCCGCUGGGCCAAAGUGAGGUGGAACCAUCCAGAACACAAGAGAACUGAAGGAGUAAAUAAUGUAGACUCAUAGAUGCUGAAUUUGGGGCGGGGGGGGAUUGUCCCGACUUCCCCAGGGGAAAGGUUGAAGAGGAUUAGGAAAGAUGAGCCCCUCUUGACCUGUGAGCGCAGCAAAGACUCACUCUUUGAUAAGGUCAAAGGUCACUGAAAAUCACACCUUGAAGAACACAGCCAACCAAACUGCAGCUGGUCCUCCAGGGGGGACCGGGGCCGUCCCGUCACCCCGUCCCUCCGACCCAUCCAUGUACUGACUGCCUGCAGAGCUCAUCCCAAAGUACCACAGCUACAUCAUGUCCGACAAAACCAUCUUCUACCCAUCGUCUUUAUUCCCUUGUUUUGGAGACAGACUGACAAAAUUUUGCCAAGAAUUUCCUGUUUCUAUUUGUACUCAAAGGAAAAGAAAUCACCUGUGAUAUUUUUUUACACAAGAGAUAUUUAUAUUUUUUAACAAAAGAAAACUAUGAUAGGUAACUGCUGUUCAAGCUAUUUGAACAUUUGAUGAAAAACAGGGGACACGUUUGAAACGAUUUUGUGCUUAAGUUGUCAAAAGGAGGCAAAGUAGGCAAACGCGAGACGAGCGAGGUCGGCGCCGUCGCUGCCUCUCUCUUUAGUUGCACUUUGAUUGUAUGUUCCUCAUCUUUAUCGAUAAGGAGUGGCGUCGAAACCCAGCAGAAUUUACAUUUUCACUCCUUCUCUUCUGAACCCGCUCCGGCCGCCACCACGGCUGUUUGAUUCUGAUGAAUGAACCAAUGGGUUACGCCCCCCCGCAGGUUUGUUUGUGUAAAGCAGCUGACAUCAGUGAUGUCCUGUAUUAUAUCUCAUCAUGUUAGAAGAUCGCUGUAUUUUUGGAUUUUCAUAGUCAGUGCUUUGCUCAACGCUUCGUUUUUACUAGACAGAAUGUCCGUGAUUUUUAAUGUAAAGUUUGUAUAGAUUUCUUACCUUGAGCAGUUGGUACAUUUUUUUAUAACUGUCUGUUCAUCUCUGUAUGUUCUGGUCUUCCUCGUAGGCUGUGCUUUUCGUUGAGAAAUCUUUCGCCUGUGUUGCGCCGAGGUGGAUGUAAUAAUAAAGUAGCCAUUCCUCUUUCCCCUCUCUGUUUGGCAGCACUUCCCAUUCCUGUGUGCACAAUCUGACGCGUUUGUUGCAGAAAGCCUCAUCUUUGGUGCAUAGAAAAAGCCCCACGUUGUGGUCGAGUGUGCUGCUUGACUUUGGGUUAAAGCCUGUGCUUUGUUUCAGCCCGUCUUUCCUCAGUAAGUGGCUUCAGAGCAGUGGAUUUCCAACACCAAAACAGACCAGGUCGACAUGGAGGUGUGACCUGGAAGAUUUGUUCAUUUGUUUUGGUGCAGUAGCUGUUCAGCUUGAUGCUUACGUGUUUUACUUUGUACUCCAGCUUUGAACUUACAUUCACAAAUUAAGAUAAGUUUGUCUCAAAUAAUGUUGAUCCAUGUAGUCUUUUCCUAUGUUGACAAUGAUGUCUUUGUUUUUUUUUUCUCUGUAAAUGACGACAUGAAUAAAAAUGAAGUGUAUUCCAAGACUGGCUAUGAAUGGAAUAACAUUGGCUAUAUUUAAUAAAUGUAUUAUUGAGUCUUGA